UUGCCAUGAGAAACCAGAGCUCAGAGUUCACAUACUGGCCAAUCCACCUUCCCACUACUCACUUUGACUCCAAAGUGACUGCUAUGGCUUUAGUGCAUAUGUCUGCUUCUGAGUAAAGUUUGUUUAUAGGUUUGCUGGUGACCUGCUAACUUGCUAACAACAUUAUUAAACAGAUGUAAAUUUCAGGGUUGUUUUUACAAAGGUCUAGUGGAGAUAUGAACCUUCCUAAGAUCAAGAUCUUGCUGGCAUGGAUUCUCAGUGCAUUUGCCGGCCCAGUAUUCUGCUCAGAAGAUGAGACUCGUCUGGUGAAAACCCUGUUUACUGGUUACAACAAAGUGGUCCGUCCCGUUAACCACUUCAGUGAAGCCGUAGUAGUCACAGUGGGACUGCAGCUAAUACAGCUUAUCAGUGUGGAUGAAGUUAACCAGAUUGUGACCAGUAAUGUCCGGCUAAGACAGCAAUGGAUAGAUGUGAACCUGAAGUGGAAUCCAGACGAUUACGGAGGCAUCAAAAAGAUCAGAGUCCCUUCAACCGACAUAUGGAAACCUGACCUGGUCCUAUACAACAAUGCUGAUGGUGACUUUGCCAUCAUCCAUGAAACAAAAGUCCUGCUGGAGAGCACUGGACAGAUAACAUGGAAUCCUCCGGCCAUUUUUAAGAGCUACUGUGAGAUUAUUGUACUCCAUUUCCCGUUCGACCUGCAGAACUGUAGCAUGAAACUGGGAACCUGGACAUAUGAUGGACUGCUGGUCGUCAUCAACCCAGACAACGAUCGUCCAGACCUCAGUAACUUCAUGGAAUCGGGAGAGUGGGUGUUGAAGGACUACAGGAGCUGGAAACACUGGGUUUAUUACACCUGUUGUCCUGACACACCAUACCUGGACAUCACCUACCAUUUCCUGAUGCUGCGGCUGCCUCUUUAUUUUAUUGUCAAUGUCAUCAUUCCCUGUAUGCUGUUUUCAUUUCUCACCGGACUGGUCUUCUACCUACCUACUGACUCUGGUGAAAAAAUGACUCUCUCCAUCUCUGUCCUGCUGUCUCUGACUGUCUUCCUGCUGGUUAUUGUGGAGCUGAUCCCCUCCACCUCCAGUGCUGUUCCUCUCAUAGGGAAAUACAUGCUCUUCACAAUGGUGUUUGUCAUCGCCUCCAUCAUCAUCACUGUCAUCGUUAUUAACACGCAUCACCGCUCGCCCAGCACGCACACCAUGCCUGCGUGGAUCCGUAAAGUGUUCAUUGAAACCAUUCCCAACAUGAUGUUCUUCUCAACAAUGAAGCGCCCCAGUCAGGAGAUCCGACAGAAGAGACUGUUCCCUACUGACAUGGACAUCUCUGACAUCUCAGGUAACCCCACCCCCACAAGUGUCACCUACCAGUCUCCCAUCGUUAAAAACCCUGAUGUUCGCAGCGCCAUUGAGGGGGUGAAGUACAUCGCUGAGACCAUGAAAUCGGACGAGGAAUCUAACAAUGCAGCAGAGGAGUGGAAGUUUGUUGCCAUGGUUUUGGACCACAUCCUGCUCUGCGUGUUCAUGGCCGUGUGCAUCAUCGGGACGCUUGCUGUCUUUGCUGGGAGGCUUAUCGAGCUCAACAUGCUGUAGAGGCCUGACCCAUGGAGGAGUACAUUAUGUGUGUUAUCAGAAUAGAUGUCACACUUGGAGUUGCCUGAGAAAAGUUUCCAUCGAUGGACUGGUUCAGGUUGUGUUUGUUCUCUUUCUCUCUCUGUCUCUCAGACAGACAGACACACUUUGAGUUGAUUUUUAAUUGCUGUAAAAUGCUCUCACUCAAAUGCGCGAGUUUGUGUAUUUACUGAAGCUAGAAGGACUGCAGUUAAGGGCAAAUCCAGGAAUCUUAAAGGCACGAGUCUGGUGAUAUAGAUGGGUCAUACUUGAAGCUAUACUUAUCACUAACAAUUUGUCUGUUUUUUGCGUGUUUUUCUACAGUGUUUUAUUGCUGCCAUCACUCUGGUGGGCUCUGAGUGUAAUUUAAUACUCUUAUGAAAAAGCCAUGACAGUAAUAAUAGAUUUCUUUUGUUUUGUUUUUUUUUGUUUGUUUCCUUUUGUUUUUUUGGCAGCUUGAUUUAAGAUCUGAGUCAGACAAUUUUCUUAAACGUUAAAACAGAAAAAACAUUACUUUAACAUGAGAAGAUUUAACUGAGGACUUACCUGAGAAUGGAUACAACAUUAGCAAAUACAUUUACAUUAUAUUGAUAAUAAAAAUUUGAGUGAACAGAACAUUAUCUCUGUGGGUCAGUUGAGGGUUUAGUCACUGUCUGACUUGGAUGUUACACGAGGGAGAAGAGGAUGUGUUGAGCUUGUUCGAGGCAUAACAUAAGGCAUAUAACAGUACUUUUGUUGCAUUUUAUUGCUAGUCAUAUAGACUCUGAAUGAUGACAAUGUCUUGGUCUUUGAGUGCAGGCAAGAUUAUUUCCUGCCUGGAAGUUUUAUUGUUUGGUUUUGCCUGCUACUCAGCCAACCUCUAAAUGUCUCAUUUAUAGUUAUGGGUUAAGGAAAUGUGAAAUGUGGUGUAAAAUUCAGAUCACAGGUGUUGUUUCAGAAAUAGAAAACUACUUCAAAUAUUCAUGGGUUACCGGCAGCAUUUGCUUUGUCAUUGAUGCAUGUAAAUUCCUAACUCUGUUGUACAGUAUGUUUAGGGCUCAUUAGUUUUGAAUAUAUAUUUUUUGAUAAAUUAUUUGAUUUCAAAUCACACUGAAGGACUGUGGUUGAAAAUCAGUUUAACCUGAUCUGCAUAUUUUUCAGCUAAUAUCUGUAGGAACUAAAGACAACAGACAUGAAGUUUGUUGCAGGUAGAGUUACUGGUGAUGUGCUGCUUCUCUAAAUAGCAGCAUAGGUGACUUGACCUGUCUGUGCUGUUAACACUCAAUUUUAGUAAGUUUAGAUCUGUCACUUGUCACUUGUGCAUGGAGAUCCUCCACCAGUUCCCAUACGAGAUAUUAAAAUGGCAAUUCAAAUUAAUUAAGUGAAACAGUAGUUUUACCCUUAAGGGUCAUGGGAUUAAGGCUGAUAAUUGUGUGUUUUUUGCAGCUUUAAUUGUGCCAUAGCAAAUAAAAGAAACUACGACAUAGCAAAGGAAGAUUGUUUAGCAAGAAAUGGAAGUGAAAAUUUCCAUGGCAUUUAAACUUGUCUAUCACUGCUGCCGUGUUGCUGCCUGUGUUUAAAGCAACGAGCUGAAGGCAACUUGAUUUAUUUUGCAGCUGUGGUUUCUUAAGACAAGAGACAAGACCAUCUAAUUCAGUUUAAUUAUACAGUAAAGUUCUGUAAAGUCAUUUUGCACUGACUGUUUGUUGUGUUUUUUUAUAUUUGUAGUUGUGUAGAUAUGGAAUAGAGUGAAAAAUAAAAAUCAUUAAGAUUA